AUGGCGGAUACGACGAAGGUGUUCAACAUGUCGUUGGCAAUGAUGUGCGGCAUCGAGGCGGAGAAGGAGAUCUCGCGGGACGGCAGCCAUUACAGCCUCUCCACCGGGAUUCUCCCCUCCCUCGGGGCCAGGAGCAACCGCAGGGUCAAGCUCUGGAGGUUCAUCGUUUCCCCUUACAAUUGGCGAUACAGGGCAUGGGAGAUUUUCUUGAUUGUUCUCGUUGUCUAUUCUGCUUGGGUUUCUCCAUUCGAAUUUGGAUUCCUUGGGCAUGCGAAGGGAACUCUUGCCUUGGUGGACAAUAUCGUCAACGCCUUCUUUGCCAUUGACAUCAUUUUAACCUUCUUUUUGGCCUACCUUGAUAGAACAACUUAUCUGCUCGUUGACGAUCCUAAGCUAAUAGCAUGGAAAUAUUUGACCAGUUGGUUUGUUCUUGAUGUUGCUUCCACUAUCCUUUCUGAACUUGCACGCAAAUUGUUGCCUCAUAAGCUCCGCUCUUAUGGAUUCUUCAACAUGCUCCGUCUCUGGCGCCUCAGAAGAGUUAGUGCACUAUUUGCAAGACUAGAGAAAGAUAGGCACUUCAACUACUUUUGGGUUCGAUGUGCAAAACUUAUUUGUGUGACUCUAUUUGCUGUGCACUGUGCUGGGUGCUUCUAUUAUCUUCUCGCUGCAAGGUAUCAUAAUCCCAGCAGUACUUGGAUCGGUGCUUCUAUGCCAGAUUUCCACGAGCGAGGCUUGUGGAUCCGCUAUGUGACCUCGAUGUACUGGUCAAUCACCGCCCUUACAACCAUUGGUUAUGGAGACUUGCAUGCUGAAAAUACAGGAGAGAUGAUUUUUGACAUUUUCUACAUGCUCUUUAACCUUGGACUAACAGCCUAUUUAAUCGGAAAUAUGACCAAUUUGGUAGUUCAUGGAACUAGCAGAACUAGAAGAUAUAGGGAUACAAUCCAAGUAGCCAUGGGGUUUGCACAAAGAAAUCAACUUCUAGAACGCCUACAAGAACAAAUGAUCUCACAUCUUAGUUUGAAGUUUAGGACUGACUCAGAAGGCCUCCAACAGCAAGAGACACUGGAUGCUCUUCCCAAAGCCAUCAGAUCCAGCAUUAUUCACUAUCUGUUUUACUCACUGGUUCAAAGUGUCUACUUGUUCCAUGGAGUAUCUAAUGACCUGCUAUUCCAACUGGUAUCUAAGAUGAAAGCCGAGUAUUAUCCACCCAGGGAAGAUGUGAUCUUGCAGAACAAAGAGCCUACAGACUUUUACAUACUAAUGACUGACACAGCGAUUGCCUCCCAAAAGGAUGCAAGGGUGAGAUGUAAACCUGCUAUUCAUAGGAGAACCUGCCCAUAA